UGCUUACUAUGGAAGUUUUAGGGACAUUUCCUGGCGUGAGUACCAACUUGAUUGCCAUUCCUCUGUGUCCCUUGUUCUUUCCCUGUCCCCAGGAUGUUGAUUGUGGGAGCAAAAGUUCUGAUUUUGACCCUGUUGAUGAUGAAUUUCCUAGAGGCUACAGUAAGAGAUAGUGAAGACAACUUCAUGGAGCAAACGAAGGCGGAGUGUCACUUUGUCAAUGGGACUGAGCACGUGCAGUUUGUGGGGAGACUCAUAUACAACCGCGAGGAGAUCCUCCGCUUUGACAGCGAAGUGGGGAAGUUCGUGGCUUUGACCGAGCUGGGACGGCCCAUUGAGGAGCUAAUGAACAGUCAACUGGAGGCUCUGGAGCAAGCGCGGGCCCAGGUGGCCAUGUGCAGAAACAACUAUAUCCUGUGGGAAUCCUUGUGGAAUCGGAGGAGAGUUGAGCCUGAAGUAACUGUGUAUUCAUCAAAGAUAACUCCCCUAGGAUACCCAAACCAGCUUAUCUGUUUUAUUACUGGUUUUUAUCCUGGGGACAUUGAGGUCAGAUGGUUCCUGAAUGGUCAAGAGAAGACAGCUGGGGUUUUGUCCACAGGCCUGAUUAACAAUGGAGACUGGACCUUUCAGACUCUGGUUAUGCUGGAAAUGAUCCCCAAGCCUGGAGAUGUCUACACUUGCCAAGUGGAGCACUCCAGCCUUCAGAACCCUGUCAUUGGAGUUUGGGAAGCACAGUAUGGAUCUGCCCAGAAAAAGAUGCUGAGUGGAGUUGGGGGCCUUGUACUAGGGCUGAUUUUCCUUGGGGUUGGCCUUGCUGUUUAUCUUAAAAGUCAAAAAGGUUUUGAAGCUAAGUAAAAUCUUGCACUCUGAGGAGGAAAAAAUGCAGCUGCUUAUGAGCUCAGGGUCAUGUAAGUGACUCAUCACUGUCUUCUAAUGAUUUUCAUCUGACCAUUGAGGUCUUCUGGCUCCCAAAGCUUGGAUUCUCUUAGCAUCUCUCUGAAACAUGAAAGCUACCUGCCUGUAUCCAAGAAAUCCUUCCCUGUUUCAGCCUGGAUUCUCCAUAUACUGCCUCUCACAGUAUACCUCCUAUUGGGUUUGACCAGAUGCCCACACAGGGUUUUAGCUGGUGAGAAGGAGGUCUGUCUGUCUUUUACCCUUAUAGAUUCACAUGGUAUUGCAUGCAUAUGCUGCUCUUUAUUAUCUCUUGAGUCUUUUCUACAGUAGAUCAGAAAGGAGAAAAUCCCCUGGUGUUGGGCAACAAGGAAAGUGCAGAAAUGAAGAGAGGGAUUACCAUGCAUCAUGCAUGAGGGUUAAUUCCUCCAAAGGUGGAGAUCACAUACAAACCUUCCAAGCCUUUUCAUCCUAUGUGACUUUUGUGUAUAUCUUCAAAGUAAUCGUUUAAAGAGGUCUGCCCAGUGCAGAUCUAACAUCUUAAUGACAAAUAGCUUGACAUUAUGUUCAUGGUACUGAAUCACAUAGACUGUCCAUUGGUUAUCCCUCACAGUCACUACAUGAGAGUCUUACUAGUUUGGUUUUUGGUCACACAUGUCUAAUGAUAUCCUUUAUUCUCUCCCUCAGUUCUUUAAUAUGCUACAACCUACGUACACACAACUCACACACAAGCCCAUGAUGUUCCUUCCUCAAUAUCACAAAUUAUUCACAUAAAAAUUUAUUUCUACACUUUGUUUUUGCUCCUUUUUAUUGAUAUUACUAGAAAUAUUUGAUAAUCAAUUUCAUUUCUGUUCUUUGCUAACAAAAAAUAUAUUACUAGAAAUAUUUUGAUAUCUUUCUGUUUGUGGUCUGUUUUUGGUGUAUGUAUCCAUCAGGGGAUUAAAAAACAUAAAAAAUUAGCUAUUAUUUUUGUUCAAAUUGUUUUCCACAAUGGAGAGAUGAAUUCACAGCUCCAUUAAGAAUGGUGCCAAUGUGGCUGUCAUCUGUAGUCCAAAUAACAUCAACCAUUUCUAUCUUUGGUCAUAUUUCUUAAGUUUGUGAGUGUGAGAUGAAAUCUGAAAUAAAUCUGAUUCUUAGUUAGCUGAAACAAUCAAUUGUGUUUGUUAAUGGCUUGAUAUUAUUUGGAAAAAUUUAAUCAGAUCUUUUGACCAGUUGUCUAUUGGAUUUUAGUCUUGGCCUUUUAUAUUUGUUUGAAUUGCCUCUAAAUCUCAGAUAUCAUAGCUUUGUCAGAGAUAUCUGCUACAGAAUUUUACCUAAUUUACAAUUCUUUUUAUUCUAGCCAAUUGAUAUUUUAUAUCAAUUUUAUGUAUUAUAAAUUGCUUUGGUUAUUUUUAAUAAUGUCUUCUAAUACUUAUUUGGUCAACUUAUUGGUUAUCUGGCCUUAGCCAUAGUUGUGAAUAAAGCAGCUCCAUAAUCAUGUGGAACAACUUUGGCAGAAAAAUAUGUCUUUUAUUAGUGACCAUGAAUGAAUCCUUUUCUUCUUUCCUUCCAUGUAAGAAGGUACUUAUAAAAUUAUGCAUAUUUGUUGAUCCAGCAGUAUCCCUAUUAUGUAUGUAUUCCCAAGAGAUCAUAAAGAAGGGAAAGAAACCCACACGUACAAAAAUAUUUAUAGCAGUUAUCUUUAUG